UCAACGAUUGCUAUCAAAAGUAUUAGUUACCAUUGUAAGGAAGAUAAAUCGAAACAAACCUCACGUUUUCGAAAAAUGGAGUUCAUUUCUACACAGUUUUACAGGAAUCCUACUGAAAUGUGAAUUAUUUGAUGAACUAUAUUCAACUUCAGAAAAUUGGGACCGCGUGAUGUUCUGAAAAAGCUGUUAAUUUUAAAAAUUCGUUAUAGGUUUGUCAUUAAAGGUUGAUUAAAAUGGAUGAUGAUGAUGAAAAUGAGACGGAAAUACCCGAGGACGAUGACGAAGUGGACGAUGUAGAACAUAUUUCAUCAGGACAUGAAAGAGGUGGCAUUGGAAAAGGUAGGGGGCGUGGAAACCGAAGAGGUCAUGGGGGCCGCGGGGAUCGAGGUGGACGCGAUACACAUCGAGAUUUCCAAAGGCGAAACGACGAGCCGAAUCAAAAUCGUAGAGGUCGCGGUGUACGCGGCGGUCGCGGCGGACGCGAAGAAAUUCGAAACACUCGUCAAUAUUACCACGAACCACAUUUGAACCGGGGAGAUAAUGUAGGUCGUGGGGAUCGAGACGGACACGACGCGCAGAAGGAUGCUCACUGGGUAAAUGACGUACCCAAUCAGAAUCGCAGAGGUCAGAGUAAUUUCAGAGAUGACCAAAGAUCCGGAUUUAGGAGACCCAGAAAUGAGAACGACGUAAAUAUGGAUAAAUAUCAAGAUGGUCAUCAGAAUAACCGCGAACCGUUCUCGAACCGUGGCGGUCGAGUUGGUCGUGGGGGUCGAGUUGGGUUCGACGCACAGCGAGAUGUCCGCAGGCAAAACGACGAACCCAAUCAGGAUCGCAGAGGUCAUGGAAAUUUCAGAAAUGGUCAAGAAUCCGGAUGUAGGCAACCCAGAAGUGAAAACGACGUCAAUAUGAGUGAACAUCGACAGCGUCAGACGGGAAAUAACCAGGAUCAAUUUCGAAGACCGCCAGAUCCUUAUUACUCUGACAGCGCUCCUCCACUGAACGCCAGUUAUCAACAGUAUGCACCUCCUCCUCACAUGAUGCCAGCAGGAUUUUUCGGAAUGGCGGCGCCUAUGAUGUCAACAGCACAGGCUCCGAUGAUGAUGAUUCCUGUUGCAAUGGCCCCUCAAUUUAACCAAGUAGGUCAAAGUUAUCAAAAUAACCCAACCUCUUAUCAGCAACCGCUAUUGCCUGAUAUGCCGUCGUCGAAUUUUCAUAGAAGCUCAAUCCACCCCGAUAACAACGAGUUUCGAAAAAGAACAACCAAUCCUAAAGAGGAUAAUCCAAAUGUUAAAGGAGUGGACAGAAAAGGAUUUUCUCGAAGGGAAAGUGUCGCAAGUCUUGAAGAUCAGGAAAACUCAGCUGGUAAAGCAGAUUGCACCAAAAACUCAGGAAAACAAAGAAAGAAUACUGCAAAAGGUAAGGGGAAGUCUGGAACUGAUAGGAAAAACACUUUCGACGACGCACGAAGUGGCGAAAAGUUUGGGAGUCAAGUCGAACGCGACGACUUGGGAAACCAACAAGGCAGAGCGAAAGACGCAAUAAAAGGCAAAGUAGCUCUAAAGAAAAAAGAAAGAAACUCUGUAGGAAAUGACGAUAAUAAUGAGAAGGAAAACAAUGACCAUGAGUUAGUAGAUGAUGUUGUAAGCUUUAUGCUCAAAUCAUAUGGCUGCACCGGAAAUCCAAAGGAUAUUCAAAGAGAAUGUGGAUUGUUUCCGGUAGAUAUUGACGUAGAAGAAUGGUUUAAAUCCAAACCGCAAUUUGUUUGUUUUGAACGCGAAGGAAAGGUAAUAAAGGUCUCCGUGUUCAUGAAACGGGCAUCAUAUUGUCUGAACUACAUCAAAAGUACAGGAUGCACAGAUGAUAACUGCAAAUGGUUUCAUCUUUGCAAAGAUAUGUUGUGUGGGCACUGCGCAUUCGAUAAAAAAUGCAGGUUGAGUCACGAUGCACUUGAUGACAGAAACAGGAAUGUAACCCGUAACCUUCGAUUGCCCAACUGCACAAACGAAGAUAUCAUAAACAUCCUGAAGGUGAGACAACCACGGGUUUGUGAAAGCUGGUCGGAACAUGGCAAUUGUUCAGACAGCACAUGCACUGAUCUUCAUGUCUGUCCUGGUUUCGUAAAUGGAAAAUGUAAAGAUGAUACAUGUACAAAAAGCCAUAGUUUGAGCUCUACACACAAUGGGCCCAUUAUUUCGGCAUAUGGAAUGACACAAUGGAACGAAAUGUUUUUAAAAAAAAGUAUAUAUUUACAACGAAAAUUGCAAUAUGAUACUAAUGUUGAACAGGACGAUAACGGUGAAAUUCCAAAUGACGCUGAACGUCUUGGAGAAUCUGACGCUGACUUCAAGUCGGAGCAACUUUGUGAAAGUUUUUUGACCAAAUCUUGUCGUAAAGACAACUGCAAAUUGAUACAUAACGUUAACGGUUUGCCAUAUAUUUGGCAAGUAAAGCUAAAAGACAAAUGGACAAACAUUCCGAACUGCGAAAGUUUCGAAGCGAUGUUUUGUAAUCCCAAACUAGAAGGGUCGGACAUCAUUGCCUGGAAUGAUUUUAACGAAGAAAGAACAACACAACUCUCUGUUUCGUUUGAUCCAGUGCUGAAGUGCAAGGUUUAUGACAGCGAAAUCCGAGAAGCCAAGACAAGACGUCUAUCAACCUUACCGUACAUUCAUGGAAAAGCAAAAACGGAAAGUUUUAAGACGCAAUGGAGAUGGUUUUGGGAAGACAAUGCUGGCAGAUAUAUUCUUUUUGAACCUGAAACACUUCAGUACACAAUUGAGGCCAAAUUUCUUGGGAGACAGAAAAGUUAUUUGUAUGUGCAAGAUAAUAAACAGUACAGGAUUGACUUCGAAGAAAUGAUACAGCGCCGACUAAAUCAAAACAGACCAGCGUCAAAUGGAAUAAAACGACGUCCAUUAUUUGUAAGCUCAAAAGACGUCGAAGGGAAACAGUUCCCUCCAUCACUCGCUGUUCAGACGGUGAAUAUUCCUCGUCCAACGUCAUGGAUGCCUUGGGAUCAUUUUCAGCCCUUCGAGCUAGUAGAGCUUCAAAACAAUGAAAGCGAUUUUUGUUCAGUGGCUGAAAAUUUCUACAAAUCUUUGGACAAAGAGAAGCAAAUCAUUUGUCGAAUAUAUAGAGUGCAAAAUCGCGAACUGUGGUCUUUAUUUUGCAACCACGAGGAAAGUAUGCUGAUGUCACAAACAGAUCACUCCUCAGCGCUUGACAAACGGAACCUCUACCAUGGCACUGAUUCUGACAACGCAAUUCGAGGAAUCUGCACUAACAACUUUGACUUCCGCUUCUCUGGCAAGAACGCGACUCUACAUGGAGAUGGGGCGUACUUUGCUAGUGAUGCCAAAUACAGCCACCUUUACACUAACCCGCCGACGAGGUACAUGUUUCAAGCAGUAGUUUUGGUAGGGAGUUACACGCAAGGUAAGCCCGAAUAUCGCAGACCUCCUCCAAAGCCCGGACGCGAGCAUGAACUGUACGAUUCCUGCGUUGAUAACAUGGAUAACCCUCGAAUUUUCGUCGUUUUUGAGAAGAAGCAACACUAUCCAGAGUUUCUGAUUGAAUAUUGCGACAAGGAAGAUCACCCCUCCACCACAACGACGUCGACUACUUCACAGGUUAAGGCUGACCCACUCACUUGCUGUUUACAAUAAACCUGACUUAAAGAACACUAUCAACAUUUUAAGUGUUGAAUUGUGAAACAAUGAAUAGAGACAAUCAUUUGAAAAAUGCUUAAACAUUUUAUUCUGGAACGAAUUUGAUUGUAUCAGUCAUGUUUGCCCACAUUUUUGUACGCAUCAAUGACAUGCAAGCUUUAUUCCAUCUGUAGUACUGAUAGAAAGUUCAAAUGUUAAUGCAGUCAGGUUUACGAGAAGAAUUUCUAAGUGUGGCAAUUGUACGUUUUCUUAUAAUGGCUUUGUGGUUGAGAAAUGUUUUUAUAAUUUAUAAGUUUUCCAAUUAAAAAAAGUAUGACCUUUUUUCUGUAUGAAAAUAAUUAUAAACAAUGCAAUUUUUAUUGAAGCAAUAGACAUUUAGUUGGCCAUAUUUUCUCUAGAAAUUAGUUUCCUGGAAGGUUGUAAAGUGUCUAAAAUUCACUAGCACAUGUGUAAGCAAUCAUACCUGUUACAAAAUGUAAGUUGCAUAACCAAAGUAUACUGUCAACUUAACUGUACAUACAUGUAACUUGUUAUGUUUUGGCCUUGUAGUUAAGUUUCUGUACACUUAUCUCACGUUUUGCUUUGUAUAGAUCAAUUAACUGUAUGAACUCAUUAGCCGCUAUACAUUAAGAUGACACCCGCAGUUAGUCUUAUUGCACAUGUCUUUACCAAGGCUGAAUAUGGCAUUCAUAAAUCAUUAUUAUUUACUAGAAUGUAUUUCCAUUUGUCUAUAUGCGAUUUAACGGAGAUAAAAUAGUUUUAACACAAAACAAAUGAUUCCUAGAAUAUCAAACUUUACUUGAAUUAGAACGGAAAAGCCGCAUCACGCUCGUAUUCCAAUCAGAAACUGUCGGGAAGAUUCAAAACGGUAUGUCGCCAACUCCUCUUACAGUAACACAUAUCUUUCAAAAUGGUGUGGCACAUGAUGAGCUGUAAAUAUCAUUGUAUUUCUUUUUUUGCUGGGAUGUAAAGUAACUGUAUCUGAUGUAACUGUGUUAGCUUUCCACCCAAUUGUAUAACUCAUGACAUGAUUAUGGGAUGUUUGUGAUGAUGUUAGGUAUUUAUGAUGUUUUAUCCUAUGUAUAUAUAUUUUUUUACUGCUAAUAUAAAAUUAUAAUUAAAAUAAUGUUUUUCUGUCUUAUCAAAAGACAAUAUAUUCCUAUCAACGGUUUGUUAGUAUAAAUAUUUUAAUUUGAAAUUGCAAAAUUAAAAACUGAAAAUUUAUUUGAAAAGCGAAAAACAACAGUAAAACAAGAUUUUAGAUUGAUAUUAAAAACUAUUCAUCACUCUGUUCGGAAUUUAGUCCGUUGCAAAAUGUGUAUUAAUGUGAGUUCACGAACGGCGAAAUAUGGGAUCUGACUACCAUUUAAUGUCCUCCAUAAGUAAAAUGAGUUUGUUAAGUAUAUUUUAUUAUGGAGCCGUCUAGUUCCAAAAACUUUGCCAAAUGAAUAUAUUUUUACCUAAUAAUAAACCCCAUGUAUCCAAUACACUGAACACGUAUUUUUACACCUUUUGUUACAUCAUUUUCUUGCGUUUCACUGUCCUUCCUAUCUCUGUUCAAUAUUUAUACGAAAAACUACAGAAAAAGUACAGUAGUCGAAAGUUUAAGAAUAAAGCCCGUUUAAUGACAGUGGGUUAACACCAAGACUGCUCAAAGAAUACUCGACAGCAUCUUUAUUUGUGUUGUUUUUAUUUAUUGUAUUUGUUUUUUUAGCUAAUCCUUUUGGUUGGUACAUUGACACAACCAUUACAAGACUAUAUGGUCACAUAGUUUUAAGCCUUCCAUUUACUUUGGCGGUCUAUGUUUUACAUGCGAGGAGUUGACACUGUUGCUCCGAAUUUGAUUUAUUCAUUGGUAAGCACUGUGUGUAUCUUGUAGAUGGAGUUUUGAAGCUAUAAUGUUUUCUUUAUUUGUUCCCAGUCUUAGUACACUGAUGUUUUUUAUUAUAAAACUCUAUGAUCACACAGUUUCAAACCUUUUAUUUUAUAAGGCAGACUGUGUGUGAUGCUCAUAGUUUUAAACAAUGACUGCAUCGUAUCUUUGAUAAGGUUUUGCAUUAGGUGCUCUGAAUUGUAUUCCUUCGUCUGCAGUUAUUGUUGGAUCUCUAAUCAUAGAAGUACUUGGGGUUUACCUAUAGGUUUACUAUUAUUUGUUUUAAUAUUAAGUAACCUCAAGUUAAUGCAUACUUUGAUAAGAUUUACCUUUUACGUUUUUUCUUUAUCCAGGAUUGAUUGGAUAAGAGUGAGGUUUGUGCACUUAAACUGGUUUAAACGCCCAGUACAUUUACAUUUUACUGACCGUUCAAAGGCGGUACUUAACAAUACUUGAUAAACAAGUUUUUAUAUAUUGUAUGUAUUCACUGUGCUGUUUGUGGAGUUUUGUGCUGUUCUUCCAUAUUUCUAGUUUGUGAUUUUUUGUUGUUAUGGUCUAUAUCUUUGGCGUCUACCCAGUGCCAGUAAACCGGAUUUAUGUUUAAACUUUGUGCUAUUGAGCUUGUUUUUUAAGUUUUUCGCAUAAAUAUUGUGAUGAAAGUGUGGUUUGUCUGUGUUGUGUGUACGGUGUUUAUGCCUUAUCACUGUAGUUUACAUUGCACAUGGCCCUAGAUUAUCACAAUUUGACCAGAUUGUCCAUGUACUAUUUUUUAUGUGAGCAUUUCCAAUCCAAUCUUUAACAAACUUAGUAGAACUAUUUAUCAUCUUAUCAAUCUUAUUUACUAGUAAUUGUUAAAGAUGUUCCAUGAAAAAGAGAGCACGACAUGUUCAAUUCGCGAAAUUUUAGCUUUUAGCUCCAAUAUUUUUACGACUAAUACCAUACGAUUGUGAAAGGACAAAUGCAUGCAAUGUACUACGGUGUAUAUGUUUGUAUAUAUCAAUUUUUUGUUUAAAUAUAUUUUAUGCUUAGAUAUAAUGCUUAAAUUUCUGUUUAACUAGCUGCAAUAAUAUCAAAUACUAUCCUCGAAUUAAAAACUGUA